CCGGACCUCCAUUAUGAAGUAGUGUUCGGUGGGGGUGUAGUUUGUCAAUCUGACCACCAGGUGGUGACAUUUCACAGCUAAUCUAUGACCCGGUCGCGCAUUUUGAAAAUAACUCCGAGGCGGAGCUUUUAAUUGUCAACAGCCUGCUUCCUGCUAUAACUGUCACUGUUUCCUCCUGGCCUCCUUACUCUCUUCCUCCGUUAUUUUUAUUUCAAGGUCCAGAGCAGCAUUGUGCGUGUUUGGGGUGUGUUAUCUUCGGUAGUGUGUGCUUUAAUCUGCCAGCUCGAUGCCUUCGUUAUCAGAAAGCCAACAGGGUGAGUCAAGGCGUAGUGCGCGGUUGGUGUCGAACAGACCCUACCCACUCGACGAUGACACGGCGAGCACCAGCUCUACCGGAUCUGUAGGACAAAUCUCUUAUAGAGAGAGUCCCGUGAGGGUCUUCAAGAGGAAAAUGGGAACCCGCAAAGGGGGUGGAGCUUCUCUCAGCCCCAGCAACGGCAGCAAUGUGAGCAAAUCCCAGAAUCCGAGCACGAGCGAGUUCCUCACAGCGAGGAAGAGUUCUGCUUUCCGGGCCCCGAGCAGCACCGUGUCCCCUUUGACCGCUUCAGCCUCGAGCACUUCGACUCAGAUGGAUCCAUCAGGUUUCUCCUCGGGAUAUUCCUCCUCAGAGGAAGGAUACGGCCGGAGCAGCAACAUGCACAACACGACCACUGGCCCUGCUCACACUCCAUUAGAAGGAUCAACAGGACGCGGAGACGCACUGACUGCCCCAGCCCAUGCCUUUGCAGUGGUGUAUUUCUGGCUAGGUGUGGCAUGGUACAGUAUAACAUCUGGGAUGUCUCUGCUUGAUGUUUCUCUGCUCAGCAGGUGCACUGCCGGUGUGAGGAAGACCCUUCUCCUCCUCCUCCUCCUCGUCCUGCUGCUUUUCGGUGUGUGGUACUGUUAUCCCUGGGUUACUGCCCUGUUUCCCCGUUCAGCUCGAGCGCCUCCGGUUCAGCCCCGCCCCAAAGCACACACGCAGGUUCAGCCUCGUGUGGAUGAGCGUGAUGCCUAUGCGAGUUUUGCAGCUCUAAAAGACGAACUCUACGCCGAUCUCCGUGACCGAGAGACCAAAUGGCUUGAGGAGAGAGACAGAGAUUUAGAUGAUGUGCUGAAAGAGAUCAAGUUACUGAAACAAGAUGGAGAAAAGCAGAAGCACACAUACGAGAUGUUGCAAAUGGAUGUGCAAGACCUGAAAAUUCGAACGAGGAAUGUUGACUCUGAGCAUCGCAGCCUGAUUAAAGAGGAAAAUGCUGGAAUGCAGAAUCAGAUUUCCGAUCUGAGACUGGACGUGUCCAGACUUCACUCAGCCUCUGAACGCUUGAGUCGCAGAAUGGACGCCCAGGAAUCUCAGAACAGGAAGUUAAAGACGGAGCUCUCUGAUUGGCUUCUGCAGCAUCUGUCUGAUUCAGGUAACUCCGAGCGCGAUGCAGUGACGCGUCCUGAGCUGCAGAGGGCGCUGGAGGACCUGGAAAAGAAAAUACUGGACAGAUUGGGACAGGAGAGAGAGGAUAAGGAGAGGGUAGAUGUGUGGAGGACGGUGGGAGAGACGCUGCAGGAGGAAGGAGUGGGAGCAGUCAGCGUAACGGAUGUCGAACGCAUCGUGCACAGGGCGCUGAGCCUCCACAGGGCUGAUGGGAUUGGAAUGGCCGACUACGCGCUGGAGUCUUCAGGUGCCAGUGUGGUAAACACUCGCUGCUCAGAGACGUAUCACACCAGAUCAGCAUGUAUCAGCCUGUUUGGAUUUCCUCUGUGGUAUCCUUCUGAAAGUCCUCGCACUGUUAUACAGCCUGAGCUCUACCCCGGUAAGUGCUGGCCGUUCCGUGGUUCCGAAGGCUUCCUGGUCAUCGCUCUGUCUCACCCUGUACAAAUCACUCGCGUCACCCUGGAGCACCUGCCCCGAGUUCUCUCCCCCACUGGACACAUCGACAGCGCCCCGAAAGACUUUGCCGUUUACGGAAUGAUCAACGAGGAGGACAAGGACGGGAAACUUCUCGGGACUUUCGUUUACGACCAGGACGGAGAACCUGUCCAGACCUUCGAAGUGCAGCACUCUCGGACUGAGGUGUUUGGGCUGGUGGAGUUGAGGAUCCUCAGUAAUUGGGGUCACCCCGAGUACACCUGUGUGUAUCGCUUCAGGGUCCACGGCCAGCCCGCGUCCGCCUAAAGAGAGAAACGUAAAGAAGGACAGCGUUUUACCUAUCUAUGCAACAAAAUUUUAGCAAUGACCUGAAAGUCACAAACGCUCCUAAACUAACGCUAAACCUUCAAAACAUUAGUGUGAUGGAGAAAUAUCAAGCUGUUCAUGACCUCAAGAUCUUCAUGUUCCUCCAUCACACGCCGCACACACUGAACAAACAACCACAGGGUUACAGUAUGUGUUUAGUAAUGGAUCGUAUGGUAAUAUAUAUAAAAAUAUCUAAAUAUAUUCGUAAAAAAUGAGUUAAAAAAAAAAAAAAAGAUAUGCAAACAGGGAAGAAAAAAAAAGUAUUCCACCAUUUGCACUAUUUGCUGACUAACUCCUAAGGAAUGUACUUCUUAUUUAUUGAUUUAUUUUUUUCUACUGGUAUGGCCUUUCGAAGGAAAGUAGACCAACGUGUACCAAUGAAUAAAUUCUAAACGACUGAUUAGCACCAAGUCAUUAGCACAAUGCUAAUCGGAGGCGUUCGUUAUCAACAGUAUUAGCAUUUUUUUUAAUUCUCUUGCUAGAGAGAGGGUAAAUCCGGCUAGCUGUUGAAGUUUUAUAGUUAAAGUUUGUAUAUAUUUGUCUAAAAUGUGUUCUACAUGUGUGUAUAAGUACCAAUCUUAGAACAUUUUAUCAAUUGAAUUCCAAAAACGUACAGAACAUGUAUGUCCAAAAUUAAUACAAUGUUAUGUUUUGAGAAUUUAUUGUUUAAAACCCAUAAUUAGCUGUACAGGUAAGGAAUAAAACACUCUGUGCUGUUAUUGGAAAAUAAUCAGCUACGGUGUUUUAUUCCUCGUCAACUAUACAAAUUUUUUAAAAAUUUAUUUAA